CUGCCUCGCUCUCCUCUUCAGUGUCGUUUACUGGACCCACGGCGCUAGUAGCUGCCACGUUGCUCAUGGAAAGAUCGGCGCCAGUUACUGCGGUGGCCAUGCCCCAUGAUUCCAGAACGCUCUCAGUCGACAGUCCGGCCCUUUUCCAGCCGGCCCGCCACCACAGAUGCCGAGCCCUGCUGCCGCCCCUGUACCGUCUGCCUGGCUACUUUGCGCACUCGCAACCAUCCCGCCAGCAGUUCCCGCAUAUGGGCGCUCCGAGUCAAACUCCAGGUCAAUUUUGAAGCUUCCUGCAUCGCCCUAAGCCAGCUGCCGCCCGGCUCUGCUGCCCGGUCGGUGUCCUGGGCUCCAUUCUCGCUGCACGAGCGCGCGUUGCCGGCCGUCCAUUGCCGCUGGUUGACGCCAUUAAUGCGGCAGUUGUCGACAGCAGCGCCCUCUGGGCGGUGUACUUGAGCUCGGCGGCGCUGGGCGGUGGCAGCUCCAGCUCCUCCUCGCUGC